AUGGCUAUGAACUACCUUAUGUGGAAUGAAGAUUUGGUCCAAAAAAGUAAGGAUGAGGUACUAUUAAGGUGCCUCGGAAGGAAAGAAUACAUGAAAGUCAUGGGAGAGACUCAUGAAGGGAUCUGUGGAGCUCACCAAGGAGGAAGGAAGAUGUGCUGGUUAAUCAGGAGGUAUGGCUAUUUCUGGCCAACCAUGAUGAAAGAUUGCAUUGACUAUUCCAAAGGGUGUGAGUCUUGUCAAAGACACGGCCCAAUCUAG